AUGUCGCGAAAAUGGAAGGCUCUUUCGUUUAAGGAGAAAAUUGAAAUACUCAAGAAGGUCGACGACAACCCGAAAAAGAAACGUGUCAAGUUGGCAAAGGAGCUAGGCAUAGCACGGUCGACACUGUGCACCACUGUUGGCCAGCGAGACGUUGUGAUGAAGAAUGCCCAGCACUUUGGCAUGAACGUGAAACAGGUGAAGACAGCUACACACGUGAAGCUGGAAGAGGUCCUGCUGACAUGGUUUGGCGAAGUUACAGCGGCCGGCGUCAACGUGGACGGCAAGGUGCUAUGCGAGAAGACGGACAACAUUGCGCUUUCCCUGGGAAUUGAAAAUUUCCAAGCUUCCGGGGGAUGGCUGCAUCGUUUUAAAGAGAGACAUGGACUUCCCUACAGAGUCGUUUGCGGUGAAGGAAAAAAAGCGGACCAGUCAGCUGUCAGCGACUGCCUGAACACGCUGCCGGCACUGAUUUCUGACUAUGCACUGCGCGACGUAGUUAAUGCUGACGAGGCGGGCCUCUUUUUCAAUUUUCAACCAGAGAGGAGCUUGUGUGUGAAGGGUCAGGCUUGCCAGGGCGGCCCAAAAAGUAAGGAGAGAAUCACCGUGCUUUUUUGCGUGAAUGCCGACGGCUCGGAGAAAAUGCAGCUUACCGUCAUAGGCAAGUCCAAACAGCCAAGGUCUUGGGAUAAUGUGACCUCGGACACCAUCGUGAACUGUUUUCGCAAAUGUAUAUUUAAGACGGGAUGGGACGCGGCUCCGACGGGAGAAAAUGAAGAGCCCGAUGAGGACUUUGGAAUUGAAGGCUGGGGGAGUCUGCAAACUGAAGCUUCUGCUCACGACUUCGUCACCGCAGAUGACAACGUCGCGACCUAUGGGUUAAGAUCCAUUGAAGAAUUGGUCGACGAAGUUAAUGAAGUCGAGACCAAGAGUGAUGGUGAAGACGCCGACGUGUGCGAUCAGCUGCCAGCGACGUUAGAAAGCCUUAACGCUCUCAAUGUUAUAUGCCACACCGUAAGUGCCAGCAACGUGAGCGACAAAACCACUGCACGAUUUUAUGACUUUCAGGCGUGUCUCGUCAACGACCUCGAGGGCAAAGAAGUGCAAGCGAGCAUAACGGACUUUUUCGGCCGGAAGUAA